AUGUUGAAAUUCCCUUGCAGUCUGUUAACAAAAAACAUUCAAAAAGCGCUCGCCACAAGACCGUAUUCUCGUGACAAAUCCGGUCCUAACAAAACCGCCCCCAAAUCGCUCAACAAAGCGAACAUUUAUGGAACUGUGGGCAUAGCUUCGGCCCUUUUGACCUCCUAUCUUAUACUCAAGAACAGCUACAAUAAGGAAACGAGUUCGCUACAUUUGACAAAAAAACCUCCACGAAGAGCUAUUCCGCAUUCUGAUUUAAUGAAUCAGCGCCCAGUUUCGAACGUCGAGGGUGACCUUAAAGACGAACACCUCAGGGAGCAAUACAACUUUAUCAAAAAAGUGGUCAACGAAUGUGCCAGUGCGGUUUUCUACUUGGAACUGCGAGAUCCCCAAAUUAAAGAUCCAGAAACCGGCCAACCGCUCGUCACCUCUAACGGCUCGGGCUUUGUUAUCAGUGAGGAUGGAUGGGCGUUAACCAAUGCUCAUGUGGUGCUCAACAAACCGCAGAGUACGAUUACAGCCAUUAUGCGCGAUGGGAAGACUUACAACGUCACGGUUGAAGACGCCGAUAUGAACAUUGACCUGGCCCUUCUAAGGGUGGAAGCAAACGAAAAACUGCCUACUCUUCAGUUUGGAGAUACUGGCGAUACCUCCAUUGGGGAAUGGGUGGUCGCUUUGGGCAGUCCUUUGUCGCUGAGCAAUUCAGUGACUGUCGGCAUUAUCAGUAGUGUGGAUCGACCCGCUGAGGAGUUGGGCCUGAAGAACUACUCAAUGACUUACAUACAAACAGAUGCGAGUAUUACAUUCGGCAACUCUGGCGGCCCGCUAGUCAAUCUGGAUGGACAUGUAAUUGGUAUCAACAAUUUGCGGCUGACUUCGGGAAUUUCGUUUGCCAUUCCAGUGGAAUAUGCGAAAAAAUUUCUGGAAAAUUCAAAAUUCCGAUUGAACGCAAGCAAUGGCGAUCGAAUUGGACAAGCGCUAUUUGGACUAACCACUAUAUCAAUCACACCCGAACUAUUGGUAGAGUUGAGCAAAGAAAAUCGAAUUAUGCCCAAAGACAUUACUCACGGUCUAUUAGUUUGGAAAGUUAUACCCGGGACUUCUGCUUUCAAAAGUGGUCUAGAAGCUGGCGAUAUAAUAACUCACGUAAAUGGAAUCCCUGUGCAGAAGCCAAUGGAGCUGUACAACUUCAGCUCAUCGAGGAACGCUCUGGAAAUAGGGGUCAUCAACAAGGGAAAACAGAAAACGGUCACUCUCCACCUGAGUUAAACAUUUUCCAUGUCGCCCUCCGUAUAUUUUUUAAUUAAUAUAAUCAAUUUAUACAGUU